AUGAUAAAUGUUGAUUUAUCCAGUUCAGAAAAAACAUCAUCUUUAUCAUUAUCAUAUGCAUCCAAUUGCAGUGAAUUUGAAUUUCAAUGUAAAUCUGAUGGUUUAUGCAUUCCUUUAUUAUGGAAAUGUGAUUUGACUCCAGAUUGUUCUGACGGCAGCGAUGAGAAUUCUAAUGAAUGCGAUCAAAGUUCCAUUGUACAAAAUCAAUGUGAUAAUGACAAUUUCUUUCAUUGCAAAUAUUCUCGAAAAUGUAUACCGAAGCAAUGGCUCUGUGAUCAAGUUUUCGAUUGUGGAUUGAUCGGAAAAUUCAAUUUACUUGAUACGACUGACGAGGACAGCAGUCAAAACUGCACAAAAAGUUGUCCAGUUAAUAAACUUUCCUGUUCUAAUGGAAAAUGUUUACACAUAUCGAAAUUUUGUGAUGGGAACAUCGAUUGUCCCAAUGAUGAAUUCUCAUGUUCAGCUAAAACAGCAUGCGAGAACUUAAACUGUGACUACAAAUGUAAAGUAACACCACAUGGUCCACAUUGUUAUUGUCCACCUGGGCAAGAUAUCGUCAAUUCUACAAAGUGUACACCACAAAUAACAUGCAAUUAUGAUUCGGUGGAAGAAUUCGACGCUUGUGAUCAACAUUGUGCCAUCAUUAAAGGUCAAAACAAAUGUUCAUGUGCACCUGGCUAUGAGAGAGUAAACAAUCGUUGUUUUGGAAUAAAUUCACCAGUGUCCGAUCCAACACUUCUCUUCGUUUUAAGUUCCAAGAAAAUCUAUAAAAUUAUUCUUCCAUCUGAACGCAAUAGCUCAUCAUCUGAUAUGUCAGCACCAGUCACUCUCACUCAAGUAUUGAAACUCAAUGCGCCGAUAAGCAUGGAAAUCAAUUUUCUCAAUCACAGCGUGUGUGUUUUGGAAAGUUUCGAAAUUUAUUGCUACAAUGCAUCAGAUUUUCUUCAGAAAUGGAAAUUACCAAGUCCCGAUUUCUUGCCAGCUUUUGAGACAACGCCUAGCAUAAUGGUCUCUCAAUUUACACUCGAUUGGAUGUCAAGAAAUUGGUACUUCAUGGACAUGUUGAAUAACUUUGUCUUCAUAUGUAAUCAUGAGAUGAAGCAUUGUCGGAUUAUUAUCAAAAGUUCAAAGAACGAAACAGUUAAGCUUCGAACUUUUGCAAUUGAUCCAAAUUCUGGAUUUCUUUUUCUCACGAAAUUUGAUCCGAAGAGUCGAUUUGGAGCAGCAAUCAUGAGAUAUUCGAUGGAUGGUGAGAAUGGCUUGAAUUUACUUCAAAACAAACUUUUUUAUCCAAACGAUCUGACAUUGGAUGUCGCAAUGAAAAGAAUUUACUUUCUUGAUCAUUAUUUCGACUUUAUUCAACAAUGUGAUUACGAUGGAAGAAAUCGACAGUUCCUACAAAAACUUCCACUCAUGAAAUUUCAUCGAAUCACUUUCUUUGAGAACACAUUUUAUGGCGCAGUUAACAAGAAUCUCUCAGUCAUUCAAGUCAGUAAAUCAUCAGUGAUGUUCAAAAAAGUUCUCGCCGAGAAUCUCGAAGCAAAUCCAAAAAUUGUUAAAAUCUUCCACCAACAAACACAACCAACAACAAGUGAAGUAAAAGUUUGUGAAAGAAAUAAAAAUAAAUGUGAGCAUCUUUGUGUGCCUACGCUCGAUUCAAGUGACUCAAGAAUUAUAGAAAAAUGUUUGUGUCGAGAAGGUUUUAAGCUUGAAAAUGGGAAGUGCAAGUUAAUGGAAGCAAAAAGAUUCUUGAUGUAUGUUGAAGAAUAUCCGAAGAUAUUGAAAGGUGUUGACAUUGAAGAUACAAAUCGACAAGUUUUCUCACCGAUCAUUGGAUUGAAAUCAAGCAUCGCUUUUGAUGUUGAUUUAGUCAACAAGAUUAUUUUCUUUACAAGCUAUUCCGAGAUGAACGACACUGACAACAAACUCAUCGAAUUUCAAUCAUUUAAUGGCUCGAAUCGUGGCGUAAUCGAAGGAGAUUUCGGCGCUAUUCAGUCGUUGUCGUACGACUGGGUUGGGAAGAAUUUAUAUUUUGCAGGGCAAUUACCGAAAGCGAAAAUUGCUGCUGUGAAAAUUAAAUUUGAUUCGACUGAAUCAUCAUCAUCUUCAAUUAUUAAAACACUCGUCAAUAAGAACAUUAUCGGACCUUGUUCACUCGCUUUAGAUCCCGAAAAUGGUUUAAUGUUUUGGAGUUCAUUUGCCGAUAGUUACAAUGUCGGUGGUAAAAUAGAAAUGUCUUGGAUGGAUGGAACAUCGAGAGAGAUUUUAGCGGGUAAAGAUGUGAAUGGAACAGGCAAUGGAUGGAUUUAUUGGCCAGUUUCAUUGACAUAUUAUAAAGAGAAGAAUCAACUUUAUUGGCUUGACGUUCUGAAACAAACAAUCGACAGCAUCACUCUCGAUAAGAAACGAACACGUGAACAUCGAAAAGUUGGAGCAUCUUAUUCGCAAUCAAUCGCAAUAAUCAGCGGAAAAAUCUUUUGGACUGACAACUUAAAGGACACAAUUGAAAUGGCAAAUAUUGACAGCAGCGAUUUCAAGCGAGACUUGAAAGUUUUCAAUCAUGCUUCGGGCAAGAAAACAUUUUUAAAGAAAGCGGACAUUGAUGAAUAUUUCGACCAUGUUGAGAGUGAACAUCAAAUGAAAUGUCCUGGCUUAUGGUUAGCAACACCAACGAAGGCAGGUGUGUGCAUGUGCGGUGAUGGAUCAAGCAUGAAUGCAAUUGGAACGUCUUGCAUUAAAACACCCGCGCCAAGUUUAAAUGCUGCUAAAACUCCAAUUGCUUGUUCAGAAUUCUUAUGUAAAUCUGGUGAUGAAUGCGUCGCUCAUCGUUAUGUUUGCGAUAACACUGAAGACUGUACUGAUGGAUCUGAUGAAGAAGAAUCACCGAACGGCCCUUGUCCAGUACGAUGCGCAUUUAAAUGUGAUGGUUCGCAAUGUCUUGAGAAACAUCAAGUUUGUGAUGGAAAAUAUGACUGCGUUGACGAGACUGACGAAUCUGUAGAAGAAUGUCCCGAUCCUGAUGAUUAUUCCAGCAUCUCAGAUGAUUAUUGUGAUGAAUUUCUUUGUGACAAUGGAAAUUGCAUUUUAUCUGAACAACGAUGUGACUCUGUUGACAAUUGUGGCGAUAAUUCUGACGAAGAAGAAUGUCCAAUCGUCGUCAAUCAAACAUCAACAAUGAAAACUUUCAUUCCACCAGAUUCUGAUGAACAAGACGAUCCCGAUCCGGAAUAUGACGAUUCUUAUGAUAGAUUCGAAACAAACAUUGAAGAUUGCAAAGCUCCGGAUUAUUAUUGUGCGAAAGAUAAGAAAUGCAUUGCAGUUCAUCAUCUUUGCGAUGGCAUCAAUCAAUGUUCUGAUAAAUCUGAUGAACUUGGAAGAUGCGGCGAGAGAUUGUGCGAUCACAUCGUUGAAUGUCAAUUCUUUUGUCACAAUGCACCAAAUCCAAAUGGUUUCGUUUGUUCAUGUCCACAACACAUGACACUUGAUGAUGACGGCCGAACGUGUUCAAAAGCAAAGAUUUGCGAUGAAUUCUCGACAUGUUCUCAUACUUGUGAAGUGCUGAAUCCAACAAAGAUUAAGUGUCGUUGUCAUCAUGGAUAUCAACUGAAGGAAGACAAUUUCACUUGUGUGAGUUUACAUGAUGAAGAGCCGGUGCUUUUAUUCAGUAAUCGAGAUGUUCUUCGUGGAAUUAAACUCAAUAAAAAGCAUUCAGAAGUCAAAGGUUAUUAUUCAAUGGCGAAGAAUUUAAUCGGUUUAGAUUUCUAUUAUGAUCGACAUAGUAAAGAAUAUACAAUCAUAUGGUCAGACAUAACUAAAGAUAAAAUAUUUUCUGGAAGAUUUCACAACGACGAAUUAACGAAUGUAAAAGCGAUUGUUGAGUCGGAUUUAUCAACGACUGAAGCUGUUGCAAUUGAUUGGAUUGGAAAGAAUCUUUAUUGGAUUGAUGCGAGCUUAAAGCAGAUUGAAGUGUCGACUAAAGACGGCUUACAUCGCACGACAUUGAUUUCAGAUGAUAUUUCCAAGCCACGAUCAAUGUCGAUUGACAGUCGACUUGGUUUCUUAUUUUGGUCUGAUUGGGAAGAAGACGAACCGAGAAUUGAACGCUCGACAUUAGCUGGUGAAGAUAGAAAAGCAAUUUUUAAUCUGAAGAAGAUUGGAGGUGCAUGGCCGAAUGGAAUCACUUUGGAUUACAUCAAGAAACGCGUUUUCUUCUUAGAUGCGAAGUCGAAGGAAAUUCAUACGAUUGAUUAUAAUGGCGAGAAUCAUAUUCGUGUUCUUAGGAAUCCCCAUUACCUAUCACAUCCAUUUGCUAUGACAAUCUACGAGAAUGAUGUUUUCUGGACUGAUUGGCGACUUGGAAGUGUCAUCAAAGCUGAUAAGUUUACAGGUUCAAAUGUCACAAUCUUCUAUCAUGCAUCGACACAACCAUUUGAUGUGAAAGUUUUGCACCCAAGUCGACAGCCAUGGGAUUAUAAUGGCGAAGGUGAAGGUAAGACAAUCAUUUCACCAUGUGAGAACUCAACAUGCUCGCAUUUAUGUUUGCUGAGUACAAAUUACACAUUUAAAUGCGCUUGUCCACAUAUGAUGAGAUUGAAUGAUGUCAACAAGACGAUUUGCGAGAAAGUCGAUGAAAUUCUUUUCUACAUAACUGACAAGCCUGAAAUUCGUGCGAUCGAACUUAAAUAUCCUUACUCGAAUGCCAUUUCAACGAUUUAUCAUGCGACACAAAUCAUGUCACCAAAUCACAUCGCAAUUCAUCCACGCGACAACAGAAUCUUCUGGACUGAUUCAUCGUUAAAAGAGAUCAAGAAUGUGAAAUUAUCGACAGCAAUUUUGCCAUCAAGUCAAAGAAUUGAAGCAAUUAUGGAUAAUAAAAUUGAGAAGAUCAGUGGAUUCUCCAUUGAUUGGAUGUCUGAAUUAAUGUUUUUCUCACAGAAAAUUCCAUCAGAUGAAUACGACGACGAAUCGGAGUUAAAUCGUAAUGGAAAAUAUCAACUUUUUGUAACAAACAUGAAUGGCGAAUUUCUGUCAAUUAUUUUUGAUAAUAUUAACAACAUUCAAAGUUUAAUUGUGUCGUCGGAAAAGCGGAAGAUUUAUUAUGUCAUCGUACAGUAUAUUAAUGGAGGCGAACGUUAUGCAAUUAAUGAAUGCAACAUGGAUGGAACUGAAGACACAAACUUAAUUUACGAAGACGAAAUUGUUGAGUCGUUAAUACUCGACACAAAAUCAAAUCGAUUAUAUUUCAUUAAAAACAAUCGUAAAAUAUUCUUUUUCGAUUUAAAAACAAAAGAAACGAGACUUGUAAAUACAUUUUAUGGUGGAAAAAUAUCAAAUGAUGAUCAAUUUUUAGAUCUUUUAAUAACAUCUCUGGAGGUUUAUCAUGAUGCAAUUUAUUUCGGUGAGAAUACGACAAAUACAAUCAGAACAUGCGAUAAAGUUAAUUGCAGUGUUCCAAUAAUUUAUCGUAAGAAUACAGCGAAUGUCAGACAAUUGAAGAUUAUAUCAUUAGCAGCUGACAUUGCAGCAUCAGAUGCAACAGACAUUAAUGGAUGUUACUUACAUUUGCAAGGAAAGGAGAAGAAAUGCGAUCAUCUUUGCAUUCCCAGAGGAAAGUCAAGUUUUGUUUGCAAAUGUUCAAUUGGAUUUGUAAUCGAUCCGAAAGAUCCAAGUAAAUGCAUUGGAACGGAUGACUUUAUAAUUUAUUCACUUGGUCAUGAAUUGAAUGGCGUUGAUUUCAAAUCAAAUAAAUCUUCAAUGAAUCUCAUUACGCCACUUCAAAGAAUCAACUUAAUCAGUUCAUUUGAUGUUGAUGUUCAUCGAGAUUUCAUUUACAUCGCUGAUAAUGAACGUGGUGAGAUUUUGAGAAUUAAACGGGAUGGAAGUGAACGACAAACUGUUCUUGCUGCGACUGAAAUUGAUGAUCAGAAUAGCAACGAUUGGCUUGGUGGCCUUGCUAUUGAUUGGAUUGCACAGAAUAUUUAUUGGACUGAUCAGAAACGUGGACUUAUCGAAGUGUCACGUCACGAUGGAUCGUUUCGUCGUGUCAUCUCAUCGGAACUGUUCAAACCAUCGCUGAUUGCUGUUGAUCCACUGCUAGGCAUUUUAUUCUUCAUUGAUGGUGAAAAUAAAAUCAUUCGACAAGAUUUGGAUGGAUCAUCGACGUUUUAUGUCACUAAAAACAGCGGAAGUACAAUAAAUGAUUUUGCACUUGACAUUUUUAACCAAGCAAUUUAUGUUUGUGAAAUGAAAUCGAAUAAGAUUUGGACGAUUGAAUAUGAUGGAAAUGGACGAAAAGAUUUAAUGAUUGGAAAUGUUUCAAAUCCAACGUCAAUUGAUGUGUUUGAUGGACGUCUUUAUUGGACGGAGCGUGGCGUUGGAAGUGUCAGAACAAACAUUAAAAGUAUAAAUCUUCAAUCAUUAAAUGAAACAGCGACGACAAUUAAAACUUCGCUUCAUCAACUUCGUGGUGUGAAAGUUUUUUCGAGAAAGAAGCAACAUGGAUCGAAUCUUUGUGCAAUGCCAAACUAUAAUGGAUGCGAUGAACUUUGCUUGUUCAACGGCGUUAAAGGAAAUUGUUUCUGUUCACAUGGAUAUCUUGAUCAAAAGAAUCUUAAAAGUUGUCGAAAUUAUGACAAUUUCUUGUUCUUCUCACAUGAAAAUGUUAUCGAGAAGAUUCGCGUCAAUGCUGAAAAUGGUUCGUUAAUUAACUUCAAAAUACAAAAUCAACAACAUCUUCAAAAUGCUGUCGCUUUAACUUAUGAUUAUAACAAUAAAUGGAUUUUUUACUCUGAUUUACGGCUCAAUGCGAUCUUUCGAUGUUCAUUCGAUGGAGAAAACUUUACAAAACUCAUCGACAAGCAGCAUUCAGUUGAAGGAAUUGUUUUCAAUCCACAGAACAAUAAAUUGUUUUGGACGCUUAAUGGCGAUGCUGAAAUUCGAGGAAUUGAUUUGGGAUUGUGGAAGAAUGGAAGUUACUUGAAAGACGACAUUGAAAAGUCGGUGGAGACGAUUCUAAAGAUGAAGCGAGGUGUUGAUAAGUUGAGGGCAAUUGUUGUUGAACCUUGUUUGGCGAUGCUUUAUUUCAGUAAUUGGAAUUCAAAGGCACCGGGAAUUUCGAGAAUUUUUAUAACAGGUUUCGGACGUGAAGAUUUAAUAACGAAAGACAUUUUCAUACCCAACGCUCUUACACUCGAUUUAAAUGACAAGAAAGUGAUUUGGGCUGAUGCGAGACUUGAUAGAAUCGAACGGUGUAAUUACGAUGGGAAGAGUCGCGUGAUUCUUGCACAAUCAACGCCGAAGCAUCCGUUUUCGAUUGCUGUGCUUGAGGAUUUCAUUUUUUGGACUGAUUGGUCGCUUCAUGGUUUAAUUAGAGCAAAUAAAUAUUCAGGAAAUGACGUGACGUUCUUAAAACGUGACAUUGAACAACCGAGAGGACUUUUCAUCGCUCAAGAAUCGAUCAAAAAUUGUACAAACAAUGCUUGUGCAGCUUUUAAUGGUGGAUGUGAAGAUAUUUGUUUGCCUCAUGGUGAAAACUCAUUCAAAUGUGAAUGUUCGCAAGGAUAUUUAGCGAAAGAUGGAAAACGUUGCUUAAGUCGAAAUAAAUCGUCGAAUUGUGAUGCAACAAUGGAAUUUGAAUGUCGAUCAGGUGAAUGCGUUCCUUAUGUUGUAACAUGCGAUGGAAUACCACAUUGCGUUGAUUAUUCUGAUGAAUCGAUAAGCUUUUGUUCAACUAGGAAAUGUCCUGAUGAUGUUUUCUUUCAAUGUCGCAACUUCCGUUGCAUCUUUAAGAAUGAAACUUGCAAUGGCUUUCCGAACUGUGAAGAUGGUUCAGAUGAGGAGUCGUGUGUGUGUAAAGACAACGAAUUUAGAUGCACGAGUGGUGAAUGUAUCUCAAAGAGUCAUCGUUGUGAUCAUGAUCCCGACUGCAAAGACGCUUCUGAUGAGAUGAAGUGCGAUGUACGAGAUUGUGGCCACGUUCUUGCUGAACUUGGUGAACUGAAAACGCCGGUAAAUGGAAGAAGUUUAAUUCCAUGUCCUUACACAACAGCUUGUUACAUGAAGGAUUGGGAAUGUGAUGGCGAAAAUGAUUGUUGGGAUUGGAGUGAUGAAAAGAAUUGCGAGGAAAAAAUGAUAAAUCGAAAUGCGACUUGCCCGACUGACAAAUUUCGUUGUGCCAAUGGUAAAUGCAUCCCAAUGCAAUUCAUUUGCGAUCAUGAAGACGAUUGUGGUGACACUGAUGUACUAGCAAAAUCAUCAACUUCAUCUGACGACGUUCCAACAUUAAGUUCUGAUGAAAGAAAUUGCCAAAAUCAUUGCACAACUGAACAAUUUACUUGCAAAAAUUCGACACUUUGCAUUCCAUUGGUUUGGGUUUGUGAUAAAGUCUUUGAUUGUCCUGAUAAAUCUGAUGAAUUGGAAUGCGAUGAUGAAAUAGUUGAAUCAUCCAAUUCAUCUCAACCAACAUGCUCACCGUACCAAUCAACUUGUCUUAAUGGUGAAUGCAUUCCAAAAGAAGAACUUUGUGAUGGAAAAUUCGAUUGUUCUGAUUUAUCGGAUGAAACUGAAGUUUGCAUGUUUCCAUCGAAUAAAGAAACUGAUGGUCGGCCAUGCAAUCAAACGGAAUUCACAUGUGGCAAUAAAGAAUGUAUCAGUUAUCAAUUUGUUUGUGAUAUGAAACAAGAUUGCAGUGACAACACUGAUGAGAAUGAAACGAUUUGUGAAAACUUCCCAAAAUAUUGUCGACAAAAUGCGAAGAAAUUUCUUUGCGCGAGUGGAAGUUGCAUCAAUGAAACUUUGGUUUGCAAUGGUUUAGAUGAUUGCGGCGAUUUCUCAGAUGAAGAAAUGUGUAACAUCAAUGAAUGUGACUAUGCUGAUUGCGAACAUGGAUGUCGUGAUUUGAAGAUCGGAUACGAAUGUAUUUGCAACGAAGGAUUUGAACGAAACAUAAACAACACACAUGAAUGUAAUGACAUUAACGAAUGUGAAGAUCGUCCAUGUUCACAAAUGUGUCUUAACACUUACGGAUCUUAUCAUUGUGAAUGUCUCGAAGGCUACAUCAAGUCAGGAAACAAAUGCAAAGUCAAUUCACCGGAAGUUCCAAAACUUAUCUUCACAAAUUACUUUUAUAUUCGAAGUGUUAACUUAGACGGCCAUUCAGAACUUCUUCUUCAUAAUCUCAGUAAUUCCGUUGGAAUUGAUUUCGAUUGGAGUAAGAAUUACAUUUAUUUCUCGGACGUAAGUUCUGAUAAAAGUUACAUAUCGAGAGUAAAGUUAACUGGAUCGAAUUCAACAAACAUCCCGGAAGUUCUUCAUCAACAGAAUCUGAAAAAUCCUGACGGUUUGGCUUUUGAUUGGGUUGGAAAGAAUCUUUAUUGGUGCGACAGAGGCCGACGAACAAUUGAAGUUUCUCGUGAUAAUGGACGAUACAGAAAAGUCUUAAUCAAUGAUAAACUUGAGAAGCCUCGAGCAAUUGUUCUUGAUCCUUAUCGAAAAUAUUUGUAUUGGACAGAUUGGGGAAACUUACCACACAUCGGACGUGCUGGAAUGGAUGGAAGUGACUCGAAAUUCAUUAUAACUGAAAAUUUAGGCUGGCCAAAUGCUUUAACAAUUUCAUUCGAGACAAAUGAAUUGUUCUAUGGCGAUGCAAGAGAAGAUUUCAUUGCUGUUUGUGAUCUUGAUGGUGGUAAUCGGAAAAUUGUUACACAUCGAAAAUUUAAUCCGUCACUUCAUUUAAAUCACAUUUAUUCGAUUGCUGUGUGGGAAGACAAAAUUUACUUCACUGAUUGGGAAUCAAAAAGCAUCGAAUAUUGUGAUAAAUAUACAGGAAGUAAUUGUGGAACUUUAAUUAAACUUGUUCAUCGUUCAAUGGAUUUGAAAAUUUAUCAUCCAGUCAGACAACGAAGACUUAAAACGAGUUCAUCAAUGGAACAAUUACUGAAGAAGAAACAAAAAGAUUCUUUGGGAAAAAAGAAGUUUGAAAGUGUCGCGACUGUCAAGGAGAAUCCUUGCAUUAAUGCAAACUGUUCCGGACUUUGUUUGUUGUCACCAAAAGCUCCUUUCUAUCAAUGUGACUGUCCUGAUAACUUUUAUCUGGGAAAGGAUUCAAAAUCUUGUAUUGCGAAUUGUACAGCAGCACAACAUCUGUGUAAGAAAUCAAUGAAGUGCAUUCCGUUCUUUUGGAAGUGCGAUGGACAAGCCGAUUGCGAAUUUAAUGAAGAUGAACCUGAGAAAUGUCCAUCUUUCUCAUGCAACCCUGGAGAAUAUCAAUGUGAUGUUAAUGACAAGACAAUCAAUGCAACAUGCCUCAAGCCGACUUAUCUCUGUGAUGGAAUAAAGCAAUGUAAAGAUGGAAGUGACGAAAAUAACUGCGAUAUAUUUGGAUGCUUCUCUGACUCACAAUUUCAAUGUAAGAAAACAGCAAACACGUCAGCUUAUUGCAUUCCUGAUAAGAAAAGAUGUGACAAUAAAAAUGAUUGUCCAUCGGGAUAUGAUGAAGAGAAUUGUCCACGAAGAACAUGUUCAGCAACUGAAUUCCAAUGUGAAUCGAACGAUGUUUGCGUACCGAGAGUUUGGCAAUGCGAUGGUGAUGCUGACUGUGUUGAUGGUUCUGAUGAGAAGAAUUGCAAAAAUCGUGAUUGCUUUGUUAACGAAUUUAAAUGUCCAAAUGGUCGUUGCAUUCCAUUUAAUUGGCUUUGCGAUGAAGAAGCUGACUGUCCUGAUGGAAGUGACGAAGGAAAAAAAGCUUCAUGUGACAAACAACAACCAAAUAAUUCCUGCGAACCAUCAUACUUUAGAUGCAACUCUACAAGAAAAUGUAUUCCUGGAAGAUGGAGAUGUGACAACGUUGCUGAUUGUGAUGAUUUUUCUGACGAGGAUAAUUGUCCACCACGAAAUUGUUCGGAAUCAGAAUAUAAAUGUGAUGACGGGCGUUGCAUUAAAGGAUCAUUAAGAUGUGAUGGCGAAUAUGAUUGUUAUGAUCACAGUGAUGAGGCUCAUUGUAAUGUCACAUGCAAUGAUUCAAUGUUUAAAUGUGCAAAUCAAAUGCAAUGUGUUAACAAGAACUUCGUUUGCGAUGGCGAACCUGAUUGUGCUGAUUAUUCGGAUGAGAAGAAUUGCGGAUGUUCAAAGAAUGAUUUUAAAUGUCGUGGAACUUAUGAGAAAUGUAUUCUAAAUGAUUGGAUUUGCGAUGGAAUUAUCGAUUGCCCUGAUAAAAGUGAUGAGCAUGAUUCAAGAUGUUUAAGUCGAAGUUGUUCAGGAAAUGCCGUAAAAUGUACAAACGGAAAAUGCAUUCCAAAAUAUUUCUUAUGUGAUGGAAUCAACAAUUGCGGUGAUAAUUCUGAUGAAAUGAAAUGUAUAACGAAGAAGAAUGAUCAUUCAGAUCCAAAGACAGGUUGUAAGUUUGGAAGUUGCAGUCAGUUAUGUCUUGAGAAAGGAUCGAAAGGUUCAUUCAAUUGCAAAUGUGCGACGGGUUAUCAUAAACUUGGCUCUGUGAAGAAUGCGACAUGUCGUGCAGUUGUAGGACAACAUUUAAUAUUCACAGCUUCAGAAUCAGAAUUGAGAUUCAUUUACGGAUUGAAUUAUGGAAUAGCAGAUCAUCGAGGAAAACGUGGAAUGACUGUGAUGCCUGUUCACAGCUUCAUCACAACAAAUUCAUCAAAAAUCACUUCAUUUGACUUCGUCAGCAACGAUGAUCAUGACAUUAUUCUCUUCUGGUUAGAUUCACUUCCAUCAAAUAAUCUUCAACGAAUUAGAAUGGCAACAAAAACUGAUUUCGAUGAGAUUCGUGCGAGUGGAUUUGAUGGACGAAACUCAACAAUUCUUACAGUUGAUAAGCAGAAAAAUUCAGUCAUUAAAGCAAUGAGUGUUGAUUGGAUAACAUCAAAGAUUUACAUAAUUGAGAAUGACAUGAUUAAGACAGUUGAUUUCGAUGGCAACAACAAGCGAACAAUUAUUGAUGGUGGACCAAAUUCAUGGGAUUUAGUCGUCGAUCCAGAAAGUAGAAAAUUCUUUUGGACGACAAUGAAUCGCGUCAUAUUCGUAGCAAGUAUGGAUGGUGCACAGAAGAAAGAAUUUGUUACAGAAAACAUUGAAUUUGCUUCAAGUUUAAGUAUUGAUUAUCCGUCGAGAAGACUUUAUUGGUGUGACUUGAGAAAGUCAACGAUUGAGACCGUCACGUUGAUGGGUGGUGAUCGUCAGAUUGUGAGAAAGUUCGGUGAAAUCGAUCCAAACAGUCAACUCCCUGUCAGUCCAAUGAAACUCGACAUCUUUGAAGACGAACUUUAUGUCAUCAUGACAAAUCAAACAAUUUACAAACUCAACAAAUUCGGCUGGAAAAAAGAUUACGAAGAGCUGAAUAAUCUUUACAAAUUUAAAGCGUCACAUAUAAAGAUUGUUCAUACAUUCAAGAGAAAUCAAUCACUUCCGAAUCCUUGUUUAUCUCAUCCAUGCGACGACACCGCAAUUUGUUUCCUGUCGUCGAGUGAUCCACUUGGACGUUCAUGUAAUUGCGCUAACAAUCUUUACAUUCAGAAAAAUAUUUCUUAUGUGACUUGCAAACAUCGAUCAGAAAUUCCUUCGCUUUGCUACAAAAACUGCGUUAAUGGUGGGAAGUGCAAGUAUGCAGACGAUGAAAUGGCUUGCGAAUGUCCAUCAAAGUAUGAAGGAGAAUUUUGUCAGCACUUCAUUUGUUCUGAAUAUUGCAAGAAUCAAGGUGUUUGCAUUCUCCCUUCAAAUGCCAAAUCAAUGACAACGACAGAAUUGAAAUCAAAACGACGAUGUCAUUGUUCACCUGAAUGGAAAGGUGUGAGAUGUGAAAUUCCAUCGACGGCUUGUGUGAACAAAUGUCUCAACGGUGGAACUUGUCAUUACCAAGUGCACGACAAUGGAACUGUCAGCGAAAGUUGUGCAUGUCGUUCGAACUUCAGUGGAUCAAGUUGUGAGAAUUGCGCUGCUAUUCAAUGUUUGAAUGGUGGAACAUGUCGUGAGAAUUACGGAUCAUCCAAUUGUAAUCUUCAAUGUCAAAACAACGGAUAUUGUCAACGUGAUAAGGAUGACAAUGAGAUUUGUGUUUGCGUGGGUGAAUGGUCAGGCGUUGCUUGUGAAUUUCCACCGAAAUGUCUUGACGACGAAUGUGGGAAAUGCAGGGAAACUUCAUCAAUCAAUGAAUGCGUAUGUAAAAAUAGUUUAAUUCAACCUUGUCUCAUCUCUGAUAUCUACUCCCACUCGGAUCCGAGUGUCAUCGCAUCACAAAUGAACGUAAACAAUCAUGAAACAUUGUCAGCUGUCGUCAUGUUGUUGUUUGCCUUCAUUGUCAUGUCAACAUUGGCGAUUGCUGCUGUUUUGUAUGUCAGACGUUGGCAAAGGCGAACGAGAUUCUUCGCUCACGCACGACUUAACGAGAAUGUUGAAGAGAUUACAAAUCCAAUUUUCGAUUUCGCGGCUACUGAUCGUGAUGAUAUUCCCAUGCCGGUGACAAAUAUCGCAAGUAACGAUGACAAGGGUCACUUCUCGAACCCGCUUUAUGAGUCCAUGUACGCUUCAUCGCAUAAAGGCUUACUCGAGAAAAAAUCUGAUGACGAUGAAGAAGAAAUCAAAAGUGAUUUGUUAUGAUUAUGAUGGGCGAUAAAUAAUUCCUCAAAUAUUUUUAAAUAUUGAUGUUAAUCGAUGUCAAUUGUGGUUUAGAAUGUUAUAUUGUUUCUAGGGGAGAGAAUUUCUAAGCAGCUUUUAUCUGAGUUCAAAGUUUUCUUUAUAAUCAUUUCAAGGAGUUUGAUUAGUUAAGAUUAACAAUUUUCCAGGUCUAAAUUUUUACUGAGACUGACUCUCGAAAUUUCUAAAUUAUUUUAUUUCUAAUGACUUUUUUUAGAAUGGGUUGAAUUGUCGAAUAACCAUGAAACUCUCAUCAUUACUCUUUGCAAAGAAUUGACUUUUUAUUAACCACUCAGAUGGACAUUUUUUAUUAAUAUUAACUUUUGAUGAAACUAAGGAUUAGAUAAUCUCGGGAUUUAUUGAUCGGGAUUAAAAUGAUCAGAGUUAAUCCCGAUUAACUACUAAUAUUUAAUCCACGGAUUAUCUCGUCUCUAAUUUUAAAGAAUAAUUUAUAAAUUCCUUUUAAAAUAUUUUUUAAUUCAAACAUGAGUAGCUAAUAAUUAAUGUAGAUCAUAAAUAGAGUGAUUAGAACUUCAUAUAAACGUAAAAAAAAGAUUGUUGUUGAACACUGAAUCAAGAACAAAAGCUAAAAAAAUCAAUAAACAUUAUUGUGAUAUUUUCAUAAGGAAAAUCCUUUUUGUAUCGAAUGGAAAAAUAAAGUUUUAAACUGAAAAA